CAUCUCUGGCGCCGUGGCCUCCAAGCCUGCCUGGACUCUCACGCUUCUGAGAGGUUGCGAACCGCCGCACCCUUCAAGGUGCCAAAUAUGACGUACCUAUGGCAUUCGACGGCGCGCAGGCGCCAUUUGUGAUGAGCGCCAGGGCGCACUUGCCUCUCGACGGUUUCGAUCGAGUGCAGUAUACGGUGACGCCAGGUCUCCCCGUACCUACCUAGGUACAUAGUAGUACUAACGUUACGCACCAUGGCACCCCCAUGGACCGUGGUACCUGUACUGGUAGGUGCGUACGUGGUACCUUACGUAGUAUCUUCAAGGUUCUGUCAAUGCGGUCAGUUCCUGCCUGCUUUGCCGGCUCGCCCCUCCCUCCUUCCGCUCCGCCAGGAUUGACACGCGCACGGCCGCACCGCUACACAUGCGGACGUAGCAGUAGCACUAAGGUAACAUACUAGUACGAACAAGAACUACUAGUGGCAGUGCCCCCUACCCUACCUUUCCCCGGGCUCGAGUCCCCAAUCCACGAUCGCAACGCAUAUUGCACAUACUUAUAGCAGCCCCUGCUUUUCGCUGGAUGCUUCCCUAGCCUGACGACUUGUCUCUAACCCCACACCAAUGCUCCCGCCCAGCAUUGUGACGGAUCUCCUCUACCUCGUCGACGCCUACGACGUGAGACGCAAUUUGUUCUUAGGAUACCCACGUACGACGUAUACCUACUACACUCACGCGAGCCCUGGUUGACUGCGUUUGUGACUCUUCUCACGUCUCCCCGCGAUAUUGGAUAGGACCCAGCCGACCCACUGCCCGCCAUGGGUCUCGUUGAAACACUUUUGGAGCAUGCCUCCGUCAGAUCCGUCUCCCUCUUCCUCAUAUGCGCAUACGUUCUCUGGACCGUUGUCGCCCGCGUCAACGAGCACCGCAGCAUCAGGCGUCUGGGGAAUCAUGGGCCGGCUAUGACGUCCUACAUGCCCUGGGGGCUCGACUUCAUGGCCAAGGGCAUCCGCGCCACCAUAGCCCAAAAGAAUCUAGAGCUCUGGCGCGACGACUUCUUCAAGGGGACCAAAGGAUGGACCCGCGAGGCCCGCCUCGUAGGCCAGCGCAUCAUCUUCACGGCAGACCCCGAGAUUAUCAAGGCCAUGCUUGCUACCCAGUUCGGCGACUUUGGCAAGGGCAAGCCUUUUCACGAGGAGUGGAAGGAGUUCCUCGGUGACAGCAUCUUCACUACCGACGGCUCCCAAUGGCACAACAGCCGCCAGCUGAUCCGCCCGCAGUUCACGAGGGACCGCGUCAGCGACCUCGAGUGCUUCGAGUCCCACAUGGAGACGCUCUUCAAGGCCAUGGCCAACGGCGGCCCGCUCAAUGGCGAAAACCAGGUCGUCGACAUGUCACAGACUGACGGCCGCGUCUUGGAUAUCUCUGACCUCUUCUACCGCUACACUCUUGAUGUUGCCACCGACUUCCUCCUUGGCACUGAUGUCAAGUCGUUGAGCACCCCGAGACAAGAGUUUGCCGAAGCCUUCAACGAGGUGCAGCGCAUCCAGAACAUCAUCACGCGCACCAACAGGCUCCGCUACCUCGUCCCCAAGUGGACCUAUCGAGCUUGCCUCCGCGUCAUCAACGCCUUCAUCCACAAGUUCAUCGAGCGAACUCUCCGUCUCGCACCCAGCGAGUUCGACAAGACCAAGUCAGACAAGAGCUACACUUUCCUGCACGAGCUGGCCCGCUUCACCCGCGAUCCCAAGGUCAUUCGCGACCAGGUCAUCGCCGUCCUCCUCGCCGGCCGCGACACCACCGCUGGUUCCCUCUCGUGGGCUCUCUACGAACUCUCGCGCCACCCUGAAGCGCUCGCCAAGCUGCGAAACGAGAUUCUCGACACGGUCGGGCCGGACAAACCCCCGACGUACGAACACCUCAAGAACAUGUCGUACCUCAAGGCCGUCCUCAACGAGAUCCUCCGCCUCUACCCAGCGGUGCCGUACAACGUCCGCCUCGCCCUCAAGGACACGACCCUGCCGCGUGGCGGCGGCCCCGACGGCUCUGAACCCCUGCCCGUCCUCAAGGACACCCCCAUCGCCUACUCCACGCUCGUCAUGCAGCGCCGCCCGGACCUCUACCCGCCCGUCUCGGACACCUUCGCCGACCCCGGCGUCUUCAGCCCCGAGCGCUGGGCGCACUGGCACCCCAAGCCCCACGAGUACAUCCCCUUCAACGCCGGCCCGCGCAUCUGCAUCGGCCAGCAGUUUGCCCUGACCGAGAUGAGCUACGUCCUCGUCCGCAUGUUCCAGCGCUUCAGCCACGUGGAGAGCCACAUGCAGGCCAUUGACGGCGGGUCGCCCAUGCUCAAGUCGGACAUUGUGCUGUCUCCUGGCCAGGGCGUCCAUGUCGCCUUUUUCCAGGCCGAAAAGGCGUAGCCCUCGCUGGCUUGUUUGUUUCCUUUCUUUGAUCUACGGAAUCGCGGUUACAAUGUACAGUACACUAUGGCAGGUGAUGUGACGAAUCGGU